GCUUGAAUAUAAACUGACUGGCCAAAUCCAGUCACCACCUGGAUUUAACACCUCGAAUAGGAAAGAGCCUUCCACCAAUAAUUACUGUGGUAAUUCACACGCUUCAUUUAUGGAGCUACAUUUCAAAAGGGACAAAUUAAUGGCCUGCAUGCAUUCCGGAUGAUCUCUGAAACUACAAAAAUUGGGCUAAGAACUGUUCAAUACAUCAUUAAACCUGGAAGUGGUGAUGAUUGAAUGACUCUAGAUCAAAUCAUACAAUAUGGCUGUGUUUAAUACUGAAAGACAGGGUAUUUCCACACAUAGCCUUAAGAAAACUACUUGGUGUUUAAUUGGGGGAAAAGGCUUCAGUUUAGGGAGCAUAAAGAUUAGAAUCUUGGGCAGUGGAAAAAGAUCAUGUGGUCAUAUAAUCCCAGAUUUAUCAGAUUUCAGAUGGGAACCUGUUGGUCAGUGUUAUGAUCUGUAGUUGCUUCAGAUUGUCUAGGGUUGGUUUGGUAGUGUUAUUUGUCCGAAAAUGAGAUCAGCUAACUACCGGAAUAUACUGAAUGCCCAGGAUUUUUCCAUCACUGAAUUUUUUCUUCCCUGAAUACACUGGCUUAUUCCAGGAUUAUGUGAUGGUUUCAAUUACUUCUAUCGUUAGGUCUUUUUGUUCCUGCUCUGUCCUAUACACAGAAAACUGGAAUGUACCAAAACCACGCUAAAGACACCAACAACAACUGCCAAAAAAGCCUUCUCUGUGGUCAAAAGGAAAAGCUCAUCCAGGCUAUUAAAAGAAUCAAGCAUGAGGUAGAUGAGUGCAGAGAAGCAGAAAGAGAGACAUACAUAGAAUCAGUGGAAGUAGAGAACAGGUUUGAUGACCUAGAAAGGGAAAUCAGAGCAGAGUUUCAGAACCUCCACCGCUUCCUGGAUGAGGAGGAGUGGAGGGACCUGGAGCGACUGAGGAGGGAGAGACAGAAGCAACUGAAACAGCUGAAGGAGAGAGAGAAGAAGAUAGCGGGGCAAGGGCGAGACCUGGAAAAAGCCAUCGCAGUGCUCAACAACAAGCUGACUGAGGAGGACAGUCCUAAGCUGAUCAAAGAAAUUCAAGAUCUCAUUAAAAGAUCUCAGGUCAGCUUUGUUCUCCCAGCGGAGGUGGACACAGAGGUUCGCUCUGGCCAGUUUGUCGGUCCCAUCCAGUACAGAAUAUGGAAACACAUGAAAAGCUGCCUCUACCCAAAUAUUACAUCAGUGACCUUUGACCCUGAAACAGCACACCCGAAUCUGACUCUCUCCCAGUCCUGCACUUCAGUUUGGUUUGAUGAGGAUAAAGACACAAAAGACUUCCAGGCCAACCCGCGGCAGUUUCACUAUUACUACUGCUUGCUGGGCCGUGAGGGCUUCACCACAGGGCGACACUACUGGGAGGUCGAGGUUGGGAGCAAGACGGCGUGGAGGCUGGGUGUGGCAAGAGAAGACGUCCCAAGAGGGGAGAUGUCUGCCACAGGCACCUCCAACGGCCUGUGGACCUUGGCACUGAAGAGCGGCUCUAUCCUAGCCUGCACUGACCCAGACCCGAUAAAGAUCAAGGUGUCGCUCUGCCUCGUCCGCAUUGGCGUGUUCUUGGACUGUGAAAAGGAGGAGGUGACUUUUUAUAAUGCCCUUACCAUGGCACCAAUCUACACCUUCUCCAUGGGCACUGUGGAGGUUCCUCUGUUUCCCUUCUACAACCCAUGUGACACAGAUUAUGGAAAGAAUAUGGCACCACUGAACAUCUUUAUCCCUUCCCUAUAAGAAGCUGUUCAGCUGGAACCGAACAUUAAGACAUUUGCAGAAUUAAUUGCCAAUGAUUUCAUCAUGAUUUUUCAUUUUUGAAGCACCUCUCCAACUGGAUUACUUAACAUCUUACUCAAAAGUAUAAUAGCUAGAUGAGUCAAAAAUAAAAUUAAUAGUUGCUACAGUGAUUCUAUUGUGUCUCUCAUUUUAAGAAGAAGAGAGUCCCUCUCAUUGAUUAUGCACUUAUUUCCUGGUAAAAGAGGGUAUAAAUGGAAAAACUCAGUUUAUGAAAUAAACACAGGUCACUGCUUCUGUAA